GGAGGAGGAGGGUGAGGGUGGAUGGGGUCGACGCUGUUGAGGUGGAGACGGCUCAGCAUGAGCACCUGGGAAUCCAGGAAGGUGCUGAGGGUGCCCACGGUGCCCCUUGCUAAUGGCUUAAACAUCCCUAUGUUGGGGCUGGGGACGUCCCAUCAUGGUGGCUUCUCCCAUGAAGCUGUGGUGUAUGCACUUCAACAAUGUGGCAUCUAUCAUAUUGACACAGCAAAGCGAUACGGCUGUGAAUCAUUGCUGCAGAAGGCUAUCAAGGAGAGUGGAGUGAAGCGAGAAGAUCUCUGGAUAACAACCAAACUCUGGAUUAGUGACUAUGGCUAUGAGAAUGCUAAGCGAGCCUGCGCAGAGUCUUGCAAGAGACUUGGUGUUGAAUAUCUAGAUCUUUAUUUAAUGCAUUGGCCUGAUGCGCACAUCCCUGGUAAGAGCAGUAGAGAAGUAAGAGCAGAGACCUGGAAAGCCAUGGAAGAACUUUAUGAUAAAGGUUUAUGCAGGUCUAUUGGAGUAAGUAAUUUUCUCAUUGAACAUUUGGAACAACUCAAAGAAGACUGCCAUAUAACCCCACAUGUAAAUCAGGUUGAGUACCACCCUUUCCAAAGACCUCAAGACUUGGUGAAUUACUGUCGAAGCAAGAAUAUUGUUUUUGAAGGCUACUGCCCACUAGCCAAAGGUGAAGCCUUAAGUCACCCUAACAUAGUUCAUCUUGCACAGAAAUAUGGCAGAACCCCUGCACAGAUAUGUAUACGCUGGAGCAUACAGAAUGGCAUUGUCACAAUUCCAAAAUCUACAAAACCGGAGAGGAUCAUGGAAAACUGCCAGGUCUUUGAUUUUACACUUGAAAAAGAAGAUAUGGAAUGUUUGGAGUCCAUGAACAUCGACAGAAAAGUGAUCCAUCUCACGUAUCCGUUAUGGAAGGGAUAAUUACAGAUUGGAGUACCUAAAACAAGAAGACCUCUAGUCUGCCAAAGGCUGCCUUUGUGGUUUUGCUUUAUUGCAGUCUGAAGUGUUCGAAAUGACACUUGUUGAAUACUGCGUGCACAAGCUCAUCUUUCUGUUAUUAGCAGAUUAUUUCAGCAAUCCACUGUUUCCAUCCACCACCUUAAAAAAUUUUCGGGAAAUUGUGGGUCAUGCUUCAUCCCAGCUUGAUCUGGAUAAAAACGUCACUGCUGGAAACAGCUACAUCCCUGAGAUGCUGGCCAUGUGCAAGGCAAAUGGACUUUGCCAUUGGGCCCUGGUAGAAAUUAGCUGGCCUGGUUAGCUUGAGGUCUUGGCUGCAUAUGAUUUUUGCCUGAAAGUAACUAAAUCAGUGUGGAACCAGAUACAGAGUUUACAUGAUUGCAAUCCAAUUUUACUGGCAAUAAAAUUAUUUUAAUUCAUAGAA